GCUCCAAAAUUAUUGUACCGCGUACUAAUAUUGUGGUACUUACUUCUUUAGAAGCUAAAUUAUAUUCCUUGGAAACUCUACAGUUAGAUCUUCAAAUGGGGAGACUAUCAUGCUUGAGAUUUCUAGACCUAAGCAAUAGUUACUUCACUACCAUUCCCAACCUUUCUCAUCUUUCUCAGCUAACCAAGUUAGUUUUGAACAAGUGUCAGAACCUUCAACUGAUUAAAGAUCUUCCACCUAAUCUAGGUGAGCUCCAUGCAUGCCAUUGUCCCUUGCUGGAGAACAUACAAGAUGUAUCAAGGCUACAUUCUUUGUCUCUUUCUAUCUACAGAAGUUUGAUUAUUGAGCCUCGAUGCAGUUUUGAAAAGCUCUGUAAUUUAUAUCUGGGUGGUACUUACUCUGAUACCCUGCCCAUUAACCUUUCUCAUCUUUCUCAACUACAAAGUCUCAGUUUGGAUAACUGCCAGAACCUUCGAGUGAUUCAAGAUCUGGCUUACUCAAGUUUAGAGUAUUUGGGUCUUCAUAACUGCAGUAAUUUGAUUGAAAUUCAAGGCAUAGAGAACUGUGUUAAUUUACGUUCAAUCAGGAUGGUAGGAUGUAGCGCUCUAGCGAGUAAUUCUUGUCGUGAGAAGUUGUUCAAGGCAUUUUUACAAAACCCAAACCUUCACGGGUUUACAAUGAGGGUUUCAGAAGACAUGGUGGCAGAAGUAGUAGUUGGAUGUUCAUCAUCAAAUUACACAUUGCCAAUGUUUUCGACCAAAAAACGGAUACUUAUACUUGUGAAGAUUUCAUGUUUGUUUAGUUGUGUGUGUUAUUUAAGAUACAAAACCACAGAGGAGUUUGAGCAUGUGAGCCACACAGAUCCCACAGAGGAGUUGGAGUUGAGAGUAUAUGAUGAUUUUAUAGAAGCAAAUAAAGUGGAAGAAGUAAAGGUGGUUGUAGAGUUUUAUUCACCGCUGGAGCAUGGAGCUAAAGAGAAUUUCAGAAUUGAAACAUGUAUAAUUUAUGAAGAAGAGGGUGAGGUUUACUUCUUUCCUGUGAACCCAAAUAAGCUCAUCAUCAUAUUCCACUCUGACGAUGAUUCUACACACAGCAAGAGAGAUGCAUAUCCAAGGGUUAAUGCAACAGUCACAAUUAGCUCUCCAACCUCUGAUUCAAAAAUGGAAACAGAGCAGCAGCGCAAUAGGCGAUAAGAAGAAGAAGAAGAAGAAGAAGAAGAAG